AUGGCCAACACUGCACAUCUGUUCCGCAGGCAGAGUUCUCGCGAUUUGAUCCAGCAGGCUACUGUGCGCAGCUUAGAUGAACUCGAACUAAGAGAGCUACGUAGUCGGUUGGUACGGGCAGAGAACGGAUCGCAAAAUGUGGUGUACGGUGCGACGAACCAGGCGUUCAUCAGCGAUGAUGAUCCACCGAUGGGCCGCAUACUGGACAUUGGACCAUCGGCGACGGGUCCACUCGGCAAGAACACACGCAAGCUCACCAUGCAGACAUCGACCGUAUCCCAACAGCAAGAAGCAGCCAUCGUCGAACGGCCAGAAGACGAACGAGAAAGCUGGGACAGCAAGUGGACGUUCCUGCUCGCUACCAUUGGUUACGCCGUCGGUCUAGGAAACGUUUGGCGGUUUCCGUAUUUGGCACAGAAAAAUGGUGGCGGUGCUUUCCUGGUGCCGUACUUCGUCAUGCUGCUGUUGCAGGGUUUGCCCAUCUUCUAUCUUGAGCUGGCGAUCGGACAGAGGCUGCGCAAGGGUGCGAUCGGUGUGUGGCACGAGGUGUCGGCGUACCUCGGUGGUAUUGGCAUCUCUUCCGCCUUCGUAAGCUAUAUUGUGGCACUGUAUUAUAACACCAUCAUCGCCUGGUGCUUGAUCUAUCUGCUCCACAGCUUCGAAACACCGCUACCCUGGGCCGAAUGUCCGAAGCGGUUGUUUAAAAAUUUUACGUAUGACAUCGAACCGGAAUGUGUGGUGUCUUCGCCAACCAAGUACUACUGGUACCGGGAAACGCUUCAGGUUUCACCGAACGUAAAUGAGCCCGAGCAGAUCAACUACACUGUUGCUCUAGCACUCAUCACCGCGUGGUCGCUUGUUUACCUGUGUAUGGUGCAGGGCAUUACUGAGUCGAGUAAGAUAGUUUACAUAACUGCUAUAUUCCCGUACGUUGUACUCAUCAUAUUCUUCUUUCGCGGCAUCACACUCAAGGGAGCAUCUGACGGCAUUGCCCACUUAUUCACGCCACGCUGGGAAUCAAUUCUGGAGCCAGUCGUUUGGUUAGAGGCCGGUACGCAAAUAUUCUUCUCACUCGGACUAGCGUUUGGGGGUCUGAUUGCAUUCAGCUCGUACAAUCCCGCGAACAACAACUGCUACCGAGAUGCGCUGGUUGUUUCCAUUACGAAUUGCUCCACGUCUAUGUUUGCGGGCGUGGUUGUGUUUUCAGUGAUCGGUUUUAAGGCUACUUCAAUAUAUGACAGCUGCGUCGAGGAGCGAACCGAGAUGAUGCGCCAGAACAAAUCGCAGAAUCUGUUGCCUGUGUGCGAUCUACAAAAGGAGUUGGAAAAUAGUGCUUCUGGUACCGGUCUGGCGUUUAUCAUCUUCACCGAAGCCAUCAAUCAGUUUCCUGCGGCUCAAUUAUGGGCAGUUCUGUUCUUCCUAAUGCUUUUCACGCUCGGUAUCGAUUCGCAGUUUGGCACGCUAGAGGGUGUCAGUACAUCGCUGAUGGACAUGAAAUUGUUUCCUAACGUACCAAAAGAAAUGAUUACCGGGGGCUUGUGCAUAUCGUGCUGUGUCCUAUCAAUGUGCUUUGCCAACGGCGCCGGUAGCUACAUCUUUCAACUGAUGGAUAGCUUUGCCGGCAGCUACACAUUGCUCAUCAUUGCGUUCUUUGAAUGCAUUGGUGUCAGCUAUAUCUAUGGACUUAAAAGGUUCGCGGAUGACAUUGAGUUGAUGACAGGCGCACGACCUAGUCUUUACUGGAUGCUAUGCUGGAAGUACAUAUCCCCCAUCGCAAUGAUUACCAUUUUGGUCGCUUCAUUUCUGGAACUUGCCUCCGAAGGAAGCAGCUAUCCGGGGUGGAAUGCACUUACUGGUAGUACCGAUCGGCUGGAGUGGCCUCAUUGGUGUAUCGUGGUGGCUAUUUUACUUAUACUUGUGUCCAUUUUAUGGAUUCCUGGGGUGGCCAUCUUGCGGCUAUGUGGUAUCAACGUUAUCGAGGACAGUGAGCCGGCUUGGUUCCCGUCGGCCGAGCUACGCGACGUGCACGGUAUCGUGCCGCACGAACCUACCGAUAUCGAGAUCUCGCUAUUUUGUAUACGCACCGAUGGCUCUGAAGGACUUUGCUGCCCAACCUACGGCCCCCGAGAACAGCCACUCGACGAGGAGGAGUAA